UGACGGGGAGUGACCUCGCCGCUCUGCGCCAUGGGGGCUUCGGACCCGGAAGUGGCUCCCUGGGCUCCCGGCGGUGCCGCGGGGAUGGCGGGAGCGGGAGCUGGAGCGGGAGCUCGCGGCGGAGCGGCGGCGGGGGUCGAGGCCCGGGCUCGCGAUCCGCCGCCCGCGCACCGCGCACACCCUCGCCACCCUCGGCCUGCAGCGCAGCCCUCUGCACGCAGGAUGGACGGAGCGCCAGGGGGCCUGGGCUCAGGGGACAACGCCCCGACCACCGAGGCCCUUUUCGUGGCGCUGGGCGCGGGCGUGACGGCGCUCAGCCACCCGCUGCUCUACGUCAAGCUGCUCAUCCAGGUGGGUCAUGAGCCGAUGCCCCCCACCAUUGGGACCAAUGUUCUGGGGAGGAAAGUCCUCUACUUGCCGAGUUUCUUCACCUACGCCAAGUACAUCGUUCAGGUGGAUGGGAAGAUAGGACUCUUUAGAGGCCUGAGCCCCCGACUGAUGUCCAAUGCCCUCUCCACCGUGACCCGAGGCAGCAUGAAGAAGGUCUUUCCCCCAGAUGAGAUUGAGCAAGUUUCCAAUAAGGAUGACAUGAAGACUUCUCUGAAGAAAGUGGUGAAGGAGACCUCCUAUGAGAUGAUGAUGCAGUGUGUGUCCCGCAUGUUGGCCCACCCCUUGCAUGUCAUCUCAAUGCGCUGCAUGGUCCAGUUUGUGGGACGGGAGGCCAAGUACAGUGGUGUGCUGAGCUCCAUCGGGAAGAUUUUCAAAGAGGAGGGGCUGCUGGGAUUCUUUGUCGGCUUAAUUCCUCACCUCCUGGGAGAUGUGGUUUUCUUAUGGGGCUGUAACCUGCUGGCCCACUUCAUCAAUGCCUACCUGGUGGAUGACAGCGUGAGUGACACCCCAGGGGGGCUGGGAAACGACCAGAAUCCAGGUUCCCAGUUCAGCCAGGCCCUGGCCAUCCGAAGCUACACCAAAUUUGUGAUGGGGAUUGCAGUGAGCAUGCUGACCUACCCCUUCCUGCUGGUUGGUGAUCUCAUGGCUGUGAACAACUGUGGGCUACAGGCCGGACUCCCUCCUUACUCCCCAGUAUUCAAAUCUUGGAUCCACUGCUGGAAGUACCUGAGUGUCCAGGGCCAGCUCUUCCGUGGCUCCAGCCUGCUUUUCCGCCGGGUGUCAUCAGGAUCAUGCUUUGCCCUGGAGUAACCUGACCCACCUAUAACCACACUGUCUCAGCCUGGCCACCAUGGGUGAGACCUGUUCAUCAAGGGGAACCUGCAAGGCAGUGCCAACCCAACAACACCUUAAAUGUGCCCCAGCCCAGCUGGGCUUCCAUUUCCAUAUUUGCCAUAUGUCUAUCCAGAUGCAGGGGUUAAUGGGGGUGGUGGGCUGUGUCCACUGAAUUGGUUAACCUUUUGGGCCUGGAAAUGGUAGUUGGGGCUGGAGAGGUAGGGCAAAAUGCCCUCCUCAGAUUUGCUGAGAGCCUGCAUUGUGCAGGGUUGGAUGUGAACAGGUUCACUGUGUCAGACCCCCAACCCCUGAACCCCCUCACCUGUGAGCCAGCCCAGCGCUCAGCUGCAGUCCAGCUGGGAGUAUGGCUCUCCUGCUUUGUAAAUAGGGCAUGGCCUCCCUUCACAAGGCUGCCAUCAUGUCCAGGCCUGUGCUUGGAGGCUAGUGCCAGGUUCUGCCUUCCUUUUUCAAAACACUACUUUUCUGACAUGAAGGCAGCACCUUCUUCUGAAUGGGAAAUCAUGCAACUGCUCAGAAUGUGUCCCCACCACUUCACCCCCAUCAAAUGCUUGUGGGUUUCCUGGUGAUGCAUCAUGUGCAGGAUCUGGUUACCUGCGCUGUUGUGAACACUCAGGCCAGUGUCUCUGGUCCUACCCAGUUUAGAUGGCUCCUCAAAUAAAGAUACUGGUGGUGAUUUGGAA